AUGGAUGGUGUCGCAGUUUAUGCCAAUGUUUUGUCGAACCGAUCUGACAGUAUGGGCUGGGUUAUACACAAUACGAACAAGGAUAAGUUCGCCAAAUAUGGGUUAGACGAAUACAACUUGGCGCCAGGUCAGCUUCUCUUUCAUCCAGGUCCGAAUAAUACUCGAGCAUGCAUUCGUUUUACUGUUCCAUCAGCAGAUACUUACCAUAUUGAUGCUGUUUUCUUCACCACAGCUGGACCAGAAAUUCCAGGACCCUCGACGGAUAUUCAUCUUUCUGUCAACAACGUCGAGUUACGUUCGCUAUGGCUCAAACGAAACACCGGACGAUUUACGAAUUUAAAACAAAUUGAUUUAGCUCGUUUACCAAACAUUAAAAAGCGUGAAGGAAUAAUCAAAUUAUUAAAUAAUAAAUUAUCAGCAUGUAAUGUGAAUUAUGAUGAUAAUUAUCCAUCUGCUCCUGAACUUCAAGAAAAAUGA